AUGUGGAAUGAGCAGGUGUUUAGGCAAGUAGAGUCUAUGUCUGCUGAGUUGGAAGAGAGGGGAUCCAAAUUUUGGAAAUCUAUAGUGGAUGUUUUACCUGAGGUAGCUGCAAAUUGUCAAUGGAAGAUCAAUGAAGAAAAUAUCUCGUUUUGGUUUUCUCAUUGGAUGCUGAAUGACCCUCUAUGUAACCAAGUUACUAACAUUAACCAACCUGGUUUGAGAAUACGUGAUGUAUGUUUGGAGUCCGGAUGGGAUAUUGAGAGGUUACAUGAACUAGUUGGAGAAGAUGUGGCGGGGAAUAUUAUGCAAAAACUUCAUGCUUGCAAGCCUGGUCAGGAUAUUUUGAUAUAG